UAUGCCUUACCUCACCUAGCGAAUAUAAAUAAGAUCAUUAAUCAGAAACAGAGGAAAUAAAAAACAUAACAGAGGGAAAAUGCAGGGGUGGAGCAAAUGCAGAAUUGAGCUACCAGAGACGGUGGUGAUGGAAAUCCUCUCAAAGCUUCCUGUUAGAUCCCUCACACGUUUCAGGUGCGUUUGUAAGCGGUGGUGUUCUUCUUUUCAAACCUCUCAUUUCAGUACAAAACAUCAGCAUAACAACCUCAAAAACAACAACCUUAAUCUCCUCCUCAAACGUUGUCAUGGUAACACCCAUGAUGACAUCCAUUAUUUCUCUGCACUUUCAACUGAAAAAGGCCAAAACUUUUUAGUAAAAGAGAACAUUCACUUACCCUUUUUUCAGAAUUGUUGGUUUGCUCCUGUAGUUUCUGGUCCUUGUAAUGGAUUGCUGUGUUUACAUGACGCUGGUAAGGUUGCCCUUUGGAACCCAUCAACCAGAGAGUUUAAAAUCCUUCCUCAAUCCUCUGUCCAACGCCCUUCUUCCGUAGAUUCCACUAGUUUUGGUUGCCUUGGAUUUGGGUUUGAUUCUAAAACUGAUGACUACAAAGUCGUAAGAUUUGUUACUAAUUAUUUUAAGGAGAAUGAAGAGGAAGGCUUUCUACCCGAUUGGAACCACCAAGUAGAGUUGUAUUCACUUAAAAAUGAUUCCUGGAAGGAAAUUUCAGUUCCUGAGGCACAUCCUUAUGGUUCUCCUUUGUUUAAUAAUUACAUAAAUGGGUUUUAUUAUUGGCAGGCAACUGGGGAUUCUGAUUACCGUAUUCUUUCAUUUGACAUGGCUAAUGAAAACUUUGCAACUUUACCUUUGCCAAAGUUUGGUGGGUCUUUAGCACAAUAUUAUUUGCAACUUCUGGACUUUAAUGGAUUGCUGGGUGCUAUUGUUUACCCAAGGGAGGGAACUGAAAAGUCGUUUGAUUUAUGGGUUAUGAAUGGAUCAUGGACUAGACAAUUUAGUAUUGAAUCUGUUUCUGGAGUUGAGAGGCCAUUGGGGUUUUGGAAAAAUGGUGAAUUGUUUCUUGAGGGCUCAAAUCAUGAACUAGUGUUGUUUGAUCCUGCCACCCGAGAGCUUAAGAAUCUUGGUAUCCAUGCUUAUCAGAAUACAAUGCAGCUUAUUCCUUAUGUUGAGAGCUUGGUUCCAAUCAAUGGAAGAUCAGAGCAUGAGGAACAUAUAAUACGUCAGCCGGCUGGUAGAUAUUGAAAAUUAAGAGGGCAAAGGAAAUAGAACAAAAGGGCUAAGCUUUCAUGAUUUGGCUUCUUCGGGGUGUUUACCUGGUACACAAACAACCUGAUGACCAAUGACUUUUUGAUGUUAAGCUUGGUGCAACUAUUGUUUGCUCUGUUUGGAAAGCUGGGGUUUGCCAACCUCCUAGCCAAAGAUAGUUUAUUGCAGGUGAAAGUAAAAAGUGUGGUACAAAGAGGCUUACAGGGUGAAUAACCUCUGGUGCGGGGGAUCGAGCUACAUCUGCUACGAGCUUAACUCCAGUUAUUCUUCUCCUCUGUGUCUUUAUAAUGUGGAGUAGUUAAAAAUCAUUAAGUGGAAAUCAAAUUUGGAACCUUUUUAUUAUUAUGGAAAUGUUUAUGUUUUAUUUAAGAUAUGUAGCAUUGGAUGAUUUAUACAUAAAAGUUCAUAUUUUAGUUAUAGCGCUUCCUUUAAUGAUUUAUACAAUCUUUAUUA